AUGCGCGCCAUGCGCAACCAGGAGAGCUUCCAGCACCCCAUCGUGGUGGAUUUGACCGACGACAGCCGCCAGAACAUCGGGCUGCAGACCAUCACGGAGCUGUUUUUCCUGACCGCGGAGCACGUGAAGCUGAUCUCGCUGGAGGUGGUCGAGGCGGCGGGCACCACGGUGAACGUUUUGCUCCUGGGCCAGCAGUCGGAGCUGGUCCGUCAGAGCAUCGACGCGGCCGCCACCGCGCACGUGCUCAGUCUGGCGGACCUGAUCCGGAAAAAACUGGUGAUCAAGACGCGGCAGGCGCAGCCGGGCGACCUGGAGGACGAGGUGAUCGUGGAGCUGAUCACCGACAUGCUCACGCAGCCCACCGCGAAGGGGGAAGACGUGGCCGCGAUGCUGAACAGCGGCAUGGUGCCGGACCGGCUGCGCACCCAGAUCCAGAAGCACGACCUUUUGACCAGCAUGGACCACCUGCUGGUGGACUUCGCCCCCGCGGCGGCGGACGCCUCGCCCGAAAAGAAACAGAAGCAGCGGGAACUGGCGGAGAGCCUGUCGAGGUACAACGAUCUGAUGAUGUCCGCGUGGCUGCACUGGAUCCAGGGCAUGGCGAACCGCGUCGGAGGGCCCGCCGGCAUGAUAGUACACAACAACGACUACAACCCAGUUGGAGGUUCGAAGACGAACAAGAAGUCCGGGGUACACGGAGGCCGCGGGGGGCCCAUGCGGGAGGUGGUACUGCCCUCCUUUUUCACCAACCCGGUGGAGGAAAGGUUGUGGACCGAGCUCUACACCAAGGCGAAACAGAAAGUCGACCUGCGGGAGCAGGGUCAAGAGCUGGUCGGCGAGGAGAAUUCGCCGCAGCUUCUCACCGACGAAUUUGCCGCAGAACUGGACAAAAUGCUGAACAAAACGCGGAAAGCGAAGAUGAGAAAGAAGGAGAAGCUGCGCAGUGCUGCCUCAAAAAGUAGUAGGGCGUCCUCCAAGAAGAUGCAGAAGGACGAGCAGUCCUCGUCUAUUUCUUCACGAGAUGAUGUUGAAUCAACUGACAGGAAAGAAGCCAAGCCGGGCCGCAAAGAGAUCGUCCGCGAAGAUGUCGAUGACGAGGACAAAUCUUCAGGUGAUCUGCUCUCUGAUGCGAUGGAGUCGACAGGAACUACGCGAAGGGUCGUGAACGAGGGAAGAUCGGAUGGCGCACCCGGUUCGGAGGAAAGCGCGACAGAACUAGGUGAAACGUCUAGAGGAGGCGUUCAUAGUGCUCCUAGUGCAAGAACAAGUACUUCUAGGACCACUUCUUCCAGCACUGCGGAUGUUGAAACUGGGGCAGCAAGCGGCAUGGCUAGCGAAGACGAGGAGUCCUCUCACUCAGCAUCCGAUGAUGAUCGGUUGGGAGGUGGCGAAGAUGAAUCAUCCAAGGGAAUAGAAAUGAAGCAGCCUCUCUCGGCCGAGCAAGAAGCGUUGCGGGACCGCGUGCGGGAGGUGAUUGAGCAAGUGGAAAACGAAUCGGCCGACCUGACGGAAUCGACGGAGCUCGUCGUGGACUUUCUCCUCACUGAGGUACCCGAGGACCAGCAGGAUUUCGUGCUCCAGGUCAUCCGAAGCGAGGCGCCAGGAGAGUCUCCAGAGGAUGUUGUGGUCGAGGUCGCCGGAAGCGCGGAGGGAAAUGAAAAUGAUCUAAAGAAAUUCAUUCAGGCCCUAAGCGGCGCGCCGGAUGAAGAUGAAGUAGACGGCGCGGCUGAAGACCACGGGAAGAAAGGCACGGAAGCAGAAGAAGCAGAGCGCGACGCGACAGGAGAUUGGCGCAUGAGAAGACUGCUGAGAAGACUGGCUCACGAUCAUGAAGAUGAGCUAUAGGAAUUUCAAUUUUUUCCUUUUCGGGUUCGGCAACAGUCGUGCGGGCCGACAAAGCACGGCCACGCAGUUCGCCGUCUUACAUUUACAACAAGAUAGUCAUCAUAAGUACAUUCUCGACAUAAUUCUGAAGAAGUCGGCGGAAUGAAAAAAAGCAGCUGAAAGACGAAGAAUUUGAAAGAAGUACACGACCACAAAGACAUAAAAAAAUUUCUGAUCCCCUCAAGCUAACCACGAGAACACAAGCAGUAGAGAAGGAAUCUGCAACUACAAGGAGACUCUUAUCCUGUAGAGUUCUUACUAGGUGGUUGGUAUGAAAGUGGGCGUCACCCUCGAGUAGCUCAUCUUCGUUCCUAGGAAAUAGGCAAGGACGAGAACUCAGGUGCUUGACAGACCAGCGGAGGUUGAACCAAUUUCCCCCUUUGACUGAAAUCUGACGACACAACUGUAGGACGAAAACGAAUUUAUAAAGUCCGAUCUCUAUACCCCACACUGAGACAACAUAACUACAACUAGCGACACUCGGGGACCCUACUAAGGUCUUUCGCGCACCAUUAUUUCAAAAACUUUUCACAGACUUGACUCGCGCAUCCCAAAACUUUCCAUGUAAGUACGCCUUUAUCUCUUUUCGACCUCUAU